UUCCUGAAGUAAGCUAAGCUGGCCACACUGUAAGGCAUAUUGAUUUUAUUUUCUUGAAAAUUAAAGAUUCCCAAUACGUACUCACUCGCUGCAAAGCCGAAGAAACCUUAAUAUUUAAAUGCAAUUAGUGCCGAGGCGGACAUAAAUCCUCGACAUGGGUGACAACGAACAGAAGGCGCUCCAGCUGAUGGCCGAGGCGGAGAAGAAGCUGACCCAGCAAAAAGGCUUCCUGGGAUCGCUAUUCGGGGGCUCCAACAAAGUGGAGGAUGCCAUUGAGUGUUAUCAGCGGGCUGGUAACAUGUUCAAGAUGUCCAAAAACUGGACAAAGGCCGGAGAAUGCUUCUGCGAGGCGGCCACGCUACAUGCCCGUGCUGGAAGUCGCCAUGAUGCUGGCACCUGCUACGUGGAUGCCUCCAACUGCUACAAGAAGGUGGACGUGGAGAGCGCUGUCAAUUGUCUCAUGAAGUCCAUUGACAUCUACACGGACAUGGGACGCUUCACAAUGGCAGCGAAGCAUCACCAGAGCAUUGCCGAGAUGUACGAGAGUGAUCCCAAUACCUUGGCCAAGUCAAUACAGCAUUACGAACAGGCGGCUGAUUACUUUAAGGGCGAAGAGUCGGUCAGUUCGGCCAACAAGUGUAUGCUGAAGGUGGCACAAUAUGCCGCCCAGCUGGAGGAUUACGAGAAAGCAAUAUCCAUUUACGAGCAGGUGGCCGCCUCUUCGCUGGAGAGCUCGUUGCUCAAGUACAGUGCCAAGGAGUACUUCUUUAGGGCCGCUCUCUGUCAUCUGAGUGUGGACCUUUUGAAUGCCCAGCAUGCCAUCGAGAAGUACGCGCAGCAGUAUCCAGCAUUCCAGGACUCCAGGGAGUUCAAGCUCAUCAAGGUGUUGUGCGAGCAUCUUGAAGAACAGAAUAUUGAAGGAUUCACAGAGGCCGUCAAGGACUAUGACAGCAUCUCCCGGUUGGAUCAGUGGUACACCACUAUCUUGCUGCGGAUCAAGAAGGCUGCUGACGAGGAUCCCGACCUGCGAUAAGCUUAUCAAUUAAUAACACACUUUCCGAUAAAGAGACGCAUACACACAUUUAUUAAAUGCUUUAUUCGGUUCGGAUAUUAAUAUCUACCUAUAUAUAUACAUAACUAAAUGAAGAUUAAUUAAAAACGUGUUGCAUUGCUAAAA